GGGCGAGGUGGGUGGAUCACGUGUCAGUCGGGGGUCUCCGCGGUGAUCAGCGCCGACUAUGCACCGCUCCGCCGCCGCCGCUCUAGGAGCGGCGCUGCUGCUGGCCGUGCUGGCCGCGGCGCGGGCCGAGGAGGCCAGCGUGGUGGGCGAGCCGCUCUCCAUCGCCGCCUUCAACGUCCAGCGCUUUGGCAUCACUAAGAUGCAGAAACGAGACGUCAUGGACCUGCUGGUCAGGGUCCUGUCCCAGUACGACAUCACGCUCGUGCAGGAGAUCGUGGACGUCUCGGAGGCGGCCAUCCACAACCUGACGGCGCGGGUGGCCGCCGCCACCGGCCAGCCUUACAGCGUCACCGUGUCGCCGCGGGUCGGCAGGAACGCGUUCGAACAGUACGCCUACGUCUAUAGAUCGGACCGCGUUGGAGUACGGAGCGCCCUCAUGUACCCGGACCCCAGCGACGUGUUCGAGCGGGAGCCGUACAUCGUCACGUUUGCCCUCGAUGACGUCCGGUACCUCAGCGAGCUCACCCUGGUCGGCAUCCACACCCAGCCCAGAAAGGCCGACGUUGAGAUUGACGCACUGUCGGACGUGCUGGACUACGUGCAGCAGGAGAUGAGCGCCAGUAAUGUCGUCCUAUUGGGCGACUUCAACGCCGGCUGCAGCUACGUCACGGAGACGGAGUGGGCGGUGAACCGACUGAAGAGUCGCCAAGACGUUGUGUGGACCAUCGCCGACUACACAGACACCACCGUCUCAAGUACAAACUGCGCCUACGACCGGAUCGUGCUGAACGGAGACGCCUUGCUGGACGCCGUGGUGGACAACAGCAUCGGCCCCCUUCCGCUACGACGAGGCCUGAAGCCGAAGACAGUGAGGGCGGCCGAGCAGUACCUGUACCCGCUGGACGUGUUCUCCGUCACCGACCGGCGCGGCGUGCCGGCCGAUGACGUCAGAGCUCUGACCACCGCCGCUGAUACGGCCCAGUACGACGUGCUCGGCCUCUACGACGCGCAGAGUCAGCUGGUCAAGGUCGAGGCUUCGUACAGGUCCUACAAGCUCUCAGGCGAUGGAAUCUUGGACACGCUUAUCAGCUUCCAGACUAAGUUCCCCAGCAUCGUCUCCAACUACGACCUGGGUCUGCUGCGCUACAAGGUUUCCUGCUCCAUGGCGUCCAAGCCUCGCUGCCAGGUCACCGUGGAGAAGCGCACACUCGUGGCCUGA